CACUGCGCACACACACAGCAGAAAGUUUGGAGGCCAGGCCAACGGUGGGAUACCGACGGGUAGGAAGUGACGGGAUUGCAUGAAUUGCAGAGGGAAGGAGAAAAGGAGCAGGCGAGGAGAUUAUCAACACAAAGCAGAGGGAGAAGCAGCGUACGGGCGUCCGACCGGAGCGUGAGGAGAACCGAAGCUUCUCACCGCAAACUCCACUCAGGAGUAAGAAGCAGAGAUUUGUUUUCUCAGGGAUGUGAGGACUGUUGUCUGAUUCCAGUGAGCGCUCUGCUGAGUUUGGAAACAGCUUUACGCACAGCGGGGACCAACAUGGAAACGCGACCUGUGGAGUGAGUUUUGCCUCUUUGGGGAUGUUGGCGAGUUCCUGGAUCCUGACCCGUCUGUGCGCCCUGGUGCUGGUGGUCGCGGUGGGACUCAGAGCCUCCGAGCUGCGGGUCCGGGUCCGGCUCUCUGACGGACUGGUGACCGAGGAGGUGUUGGAGGCGGACAGUGAGAGAGACUCCAUAUCGGUGGAAUUCAAGCAGGGGGACGGGACUCUCAUUACAUUUGUGGCGGACUUGAAGCAGGAAGUGAAGAUAUUUCGAGCGCUGAUUCUGGGUGAGCUGGAAAGAGGGCAGAGCCAGUACCAGGCCCUGUGCUUCAUCUCCCGCCUCAGCCGCAAUGAGAUCAUCCCGAGUGAGUCCAUGGCGCGGCUCAGACAGAAAAACCCACAGGCCAUUCGUCUGGCAGAGGAGCGGCGAGGCCUGGAGCAGCUGACGAUGAACGUGGCCGUCAAUCUGAGUCGGGCCCUUCAUCUCAGCUCCCACAUACACAACAUGUGCAGCGAGGCCUGCGAGGCCAUUUACACCCGGGAGUCCGACGUCAAACACUGGCUGGAGAAAGGCGUUGAUGGCUCCAUAUUCGAGGUCCUGCCUCAGUCGACAGAGAUGCCCAACCUUCAGGCCUGUCACUCCACUAAAGACUUGUGGCAGCCCUGUCUGUGCACGUACAGCCUACGUCUGGAGUGGUACCCGUGUCUGCUCAAGUACUGCCGCAGCCGCGAGUCCACGGGCAAAGGCUCGACCUACAAGUGUGGCAUCAAGAGCUGCAGCAAGGGCUACCAUUUCGACUACUACGUUCCCCAGAAACAGCUCUGUCUGUGGGAUGAGGAGACCUAGCAUUCAUACUGGGCGGUUGACGAAAGAGAAUUUUGUUAUCAUCUCCAGCCAAACCGUCGCUUCUCCACCCAUGCCUUUCAACACUAAACAGUCACACACUUGACCUCAGGUUUAUAUGACGACAAGUGAAGCUGUCUCAGGUGGGGAGUGGUGGGGAUCCAGAUGUGCUGGCCUAAAAAAAACACACACACACAUACAGCUUUGUGUUUUAAAUGAGACCAAACCUUUAGGAAGGAGAAUUGCUGCACAUUGGCCCAGGAGGACUCACUCAUUUGAUGCCUUUCUUUCUGGGAAACAGAUUUUAGCAAAUAAAAACAAACGACUUUUGGCAAGACACUGUCGAUUUGGUGCCUUUUUGGAAAUAUUAUGUGAGCAAACGGGACCAACAACAAUAACCUCUUAAUGGAGCUACUGUAUGCACAAGGCUAGACUCUGUUUUUUUUUUUGUUUUUUUUUUGGGU